GGGAAGGAGCGGCGGCGGCUCCAUGGUACAUGUAUUGCAUUGUAAAGUUGUCUCGUAAAUGUCACAUUCCACCCCCCACCCUCCCAUGGCUUAAGUGCGAGUUAAGUGGGCAAGUCUGCUGGGUUAGCAAAGUGGUAACAGCGUGUACCCUACUAAAUUUGAUACAGAGCCAGUCUUUAUUCUGGAAUGGUUGGGCUUGCAACAUCCAUACCCAAAAGAUUCUCUUGACUGACAAUCCUGACCUUGGCUGGCUGACCCUCCACCUCCCACUCCUUCACUUUGUUCUGGCUACUCUCACCCUGGCAGUGUCACUAGUUGGUCAGCCAAGUACAAGUAGAAGUAGUAUACUAGAGGCAGAGAAACGGAAAAGAAUAACAGCAGAGGAAGCGAGAAAGUCCCGUACUCUGGAAACGUACAAUGUUUGUGACAGGCACUACAUUCUAAUUGAGAGAUUAGUUUGGAUUUCAACUUAUAUUUUUAUUGCAGCAUUGCAACAUACUUUCGAGAAUGUUAAACACAUAAAGAUCAGUGUGCAUCCAACCUCAUCUAUCCAGGUUUCAAGCUCAGGAACAGACAACUUAACAAUCUAUGAAUCUCAUACAACACCUUUUGGGUCUGAAGAAAAGAAAGAAGAGAAAACCCUGAGGAACCUCGUGGAGAUUCUGCAGGAUAUGAUACAAGAUGUUCCUACACAGCGCACACCAACUGAGCAAACAAUCAUUACACCCAAAAUAGUGAAAUCAUAUGUUAAUGGAAAUAUUGACUCUCUUUGGUUAAAUGUGGGCCAAAAACAUGGUGGAAAGCUACAGAAGUCAAAGAAAAAGGCUGCUGUUACAAGACAAUUUACCACAUCUACAACAACCCCAUUUUGGAGACUGCGAACUGGCACGGAAGUUUCUGUUGUUUUACACACUAAUGAGUCUUCUAGCUCAACAACACCACUGAAAAACAUAUUUAUUACAUUUGAAAAUGCUGUUUCGAAAAGAAAAAGUAAGACUUUUGAUCAGUUAACAAAUGGAUCCCUGGAAAAUCUAGUUCAGUCUUUAAAGAAUGUAAAAAAACUCAAAGAAACAGAAAACAUCACCAAAAAAGCAGAAAAACUGAAACACGUUGCAAAGGUGAAAAAGCUACAUGUAUAUGACAAGGUGAAACAUCGACCUGCAGGUGAAGCAAUCUUGGAGAAGAUUGAAAAGCUAAAAAAAUUGUUACAGAAGCCACCACAUUAUGUUAAACAAAAUCCACAUCUCCAAGAGUAUGUUGAAUCAUCUGAAAACUAUAUAACGAAAUCUCUUAUGCUGGAAAAAGAAGCAGAGGCUUCACUAGGUCUGCUGUAUCACCAACCUAAGCCUUCACCUCUGAAAAAAAAGGUAGAACAGAACACAGAAGAAGUAGAACAGGACACAGCAGAAAUCAGAAAGUUAAGAGCAUUUAUUAACCUGCUGUAUGAUUUUAGUCCUCAGCUAACUACAUAUAUUGAUAGUUCUGACAAGAAAUAUGUCCCAGAGGAUAUUAGUGUAAAAGCUAUUGCUGUUCUUGAUGCUAUGAAACAUGUUUUCUGUGGAAGUCAGGCAGAGCAAAACAAAAAGGUGUUGAAGAAGUUGCUAGAGGAUGAUAUAAAGCUUUUAAACAUAGUUCUUAAGAACCACGAAUAGACUCUUAAAAAUAGUUAUUUAUUGGUGCCCUUCAUUGCAUUAACUUUAAUUUUAAAGUUCGAUUUUCUAGUUUGUCAUUGUCAUCUAGACCUGAUCUCUGUUGUAACAAUAUUCAUCUCAGUAAUUAAACACCAUUUUUAAAAAAUGUUCAUUUUCAGUGUUUACCAUGAUGGGUUGUUGACCUUGGAUAAGCUUAUUCUGUUGUUAAAUUUGUGUUGGCAUCUGAAUGAAUUAUGCUUAGAUAUAUUGUUAGUUUAAAAUUUUACAGUUUCCUUUUGUAAGGGUUGUUGUGCAAUGCUGUUGUAAUAUUUACCACUUAGUGUAGAGGGCUGAAGUAAAGUUUUUAGUCUUUUAAUGUUUAUUUGUUAAAAUUAAAUAACACCAAAUAGAUCUACACUCUUGGGCUAGUGACUCUCAACGAUAGGAAUGCAAAGGGGGUUAGUCUGGUACAGGAUAGUGGUUCUUGUAGCUACCAAAUAAACGUCAAGGAGCAACCCUUGGCUCCCUAUUCUUGUUCACAAGUAGAGAAGGCCCUAACUGCAGUCAAACUACCAUGGUUCUGAUACAUGGGGAAGGAAGUGGGCUGCAAAGGGGGCUUCUUGGAGCACUCCAUAAGAACGUAAGAACAGCCAUACUGGGUCAGACCAAAGGUCCAUCUAGCCCAGUGUCUUGUCUUCCAACAGCGGCCAAUGCCAGGUGCUUCUGAGGGAAUG